GGAAGUCCUUAGGCUUCACACUGCUGGAAUAACAUCGGGCCCGCUACUUCCUCAGGAAACGUUCAAAUGGAUAAUGUGGAACUCAGUGACCCUCCAUGUGGCCUGGAAGAAGAGUUUAAUGCACUGCUCACACCAGAUGCCAUCCAUUUUCUGGCUCAGCUCACUUCUGCAUUCAGUAUCGAUGUUGACAAGAUCUUGUGGCAUCGAACAGCACGAAAAGUUGAGCUUGACAUAACUAAUAACCGUCCUGAUUUUUCGCUGGACACUGCCCAUAUUAGAAAUGACACAAGCUGGAGAGUAGCAGCUGUUCCCCGCAGACUCCAGAACAGACACGUGGAUAUUGGAGAUACAGCACCAUACCAAACAGAACGAUUCCAUAGAGCGCUGAUGUCCUCUGCUCAGGGAAUACAGGUGGAUUUUGAUGAUGGUAACUGUCCGACAUUCUACAAUCAAAUCAAAGGGAUUUUUAAUGUCUACCAAGUCGUUCAUGGCAAGAUACCAGGUUUACCUCCAGUCUCUGAAGCCCCUGUGUUAAUGCUGAGACCAAGGGCUUGGAAUAUGGUAGAGCACAAUAUGCUGGUAAAUGGCAGGGAGAUCCCAGGCCCUCUCUUUGAUUAUGGUCUACUUAUGUACCACACCGGGAGAAGACUUUACAAAAGUGAAUCCGGGCCCUUUUUCUAUUUAUCAAAGGUAGAAAGCUUUCUGGAGGCCAAACUCUGGAAUCAGAUAUUUGUCUGGACAGAAGAAAAGUUAGGUUUACCACUCGGAAGCAUUAAAGCCACUGUGCUGAUUGAGAAUGUACUGGCAUCAUUUGAGAUGGAAGAAAUCCUCUAUGAGCUGAAGGACCACUCUGCUGGUUUGAACUGUGGCAUUUGGGAUUACUCCGCCUCCUUCGUCAAUAAGUUUGGACAUCGGCCUGAAUUUUUGUUGCCAGAUCGCAGUAAGUAUGUGAACAUGGAGAAGCAUUUUCUUAAAAGUUACAUGGAUUUGUUAGUGCAAACAUGCCAUCGAAGAGAAGCCUUAGCUACCGGGGGAAUGGCUGCCCAUCUUCUGCCCAAAGACAAAGAGAGUGCAGAGUAUCAGAGUGUUACUGCAGCUGUUACACGGUUAAAGCUGUUUGAAAUAAAUGCUGGAGUGGAUGGAUUUAUGGUAUAUGACAUUGACCUGGUUGCACCAAUGCAAAGGCUUUUCCAGGAGCACACAAGUGGCCCAAACCAGCUACAUGUCAUUCCAUCAGUGAAAAUCUCGCAGUCUGAUUUACUUAUAAUGCCUGCUGGAGGUGUCACACUGUUUGGCCUGAAGUAUAAUAUUGCUGUUGGUAUACUUUUUAUUGAUGCCUGGCUUAAAGGGGAAGGCCAUUUCUUCUAUUGUGGAAAAGUGGAGGACUCGGCAACGGCUGAAAUAUCUCGAUCUCAGGUCUGGCAGUGGAUAAGGCACCAGGUGAAAUUAGAGGAUGAUGACAGAGUGGUCACAAGGUGUCUGGUGCAUGCCCUUGUACAGCAAGUGGAGUGCCAGCUGGUCAAGGAGUCACAGCUCUCGGAGUUGCAGGAAAAGAGACUACAUACUGCAGCAGAAUUAUUUCAGGAAAUUAUUUUAAAAAGAGAUUUCCCAGAAUUCAUCACCACCUACCUCAAUCUGGAUCAUACAUUCCUCAGUAACAAGUUCUGAUGGCAUGUGCACUAUGGUUAGGCCUCCACACCAACCUGUAAUUGCCUUUGAUUUGCUGUAAACUUGUGGUGCAAAACCUAUAUUUCCUUACGAGAAAAAUAAAAGUAGUAAUAAAUACAUUUUUUGUGGAGGUGGGAAAGUUAGCUAGUUAAUACUUAAUUAACGGUAUGGUUGCAAUAAUUUCACAAUUUUAUCUCAACCUGCAGAAGAAAACAUGUAGCCCUGAAGCCCUACCAUAGAGCUCACAAUAAAAAUAAAAAAAACACACUAGAAGAUGGCUUGUUGCUGACUUCACGCAUUCCCCAUGUCACACUGUGAUACAAAUCAUUUAAACCGAUCCUCAACAAGUUGACAUCAAUCACUCAAAUUUACAUGUAAUGUUUUCUUUUGCACUACUGUAUGAAUUAUUCACAUGCUAAUAAAAUGUAUUUGAUUUGA